CUUCUCCUGCCAUCUUCACGUUAGUGGCUACGAAGCUUGGAAGACAAAAGAGUGAAGAGAUGGAGAUAUCAGGAUUUCUGUCUCUCACUUUGGUUUGCACUUUGGUCCUUUCUGGAUCACUAACUCUAGCUCAGGCAAAAAAGUCCGAGAAAGAUUUGAAGGAAGUUACUCACAAAGUUUACUUUGAUGUUGAAAUUGCAGGAAAACCUGCUGGUCGAAUUGUCAUGGGACUCUUUGGAAACACAGUUCCCAAAACAGCAGAAAAUUUCCGAGCACUAUGCACAGGGGAAAAGGGUGUUGGAAAGAGUGGGAAACCUCUCCACUACAAAGGUAGUGCAUUUCACAGGAUUAUUCCUAACUUCAUGAUACAAGGAGGUGAUUUUACACUUGGUGACGGAAGAGGUGGAGAAUCGAUUUAUGGUGAGAAAUUUGCUGAUGAGAAUUUCAAGUUGAAGCACACUGGACCUGGGCUUUUGUCAAUGGCAAAUGCUGGUUCUAACACCAAUGGCUCACAAUUCUUCAUUACAACUGUGACAACCAGCUGGUUGGAUGGCAGACAUGUUGUAUUUGGAAAGGUGCUGUCUGGAAUGGAUGUGGUUUACAAAAUUGAAGCAGAAGGAAGGCAGAGCGGCACACCCAAGAGCAAAGUUGUGAUUGCUGACAGUGGUGAAAUUCCUCUGUAAUUAUCAUGCACAUGUUUCAGUGACAAACUUUGGUGUUUGGUUAUUCCAAUUAAGCCCGUGAUAAAAACUGUGAGAUGAACACUUUUUUUUUUUUUUUUUAAACUUAGGGGUUUUUCCUCUGUUAAUUUAAGGUGUUUCGUUUGCAAAUUAUUAUCUAUAUAUUUUCAAUUACUGAAUGACAUGUUAUGGAUGGUAACUGCAA